GUAUAUGGUAUCGUACGGCAGCGCUAAUAAGAUGAUAAUCGUCCAGUACGAGUACGAGUAGUGGAAAGAAAAGAAACCUCGCCAUCUUGACCCAUAACAUCUUUCACGUCAUUUUUUAAUUUGUCUCAGCCAAACUGAAGUGAUCACAACGAAUUUCAUCACAAUGAAAUUUCAAUUCGUCGGAUCGUUUCCAACUUUGGUUGUAAUCGUCGCUGCCCUUUUUCUCGGUGGGAACCCUCUAAAUAAUGUUUUCGCUCAGAUCGAGUCCGCAACCAAUUCUGCUGCUUACGAUAAAAAUGCCUGCCAACCCGGCUCCCACGACGUUCCAAACCCAUACCCCGCCGCCGAUCUGGUGGCACCUGAUCACUUUUACGUCAAAAUGCCCUCGACCGUCUCUGAUGGCAUUCCCAUCAUCUUUGAGGUAAACCGGACCUGGUCACCGUUCGGUGCCGAUCGGUUUUUUGCCCUCGCCAAAGACAAUUAUUUCGAUUGUGCAGCAUUCUUUCGGGUAAUUCCCAGUUUCGUCGUUCAGUGGGGGAUCGCUUCCGACCCAGUGGAGACCGUAAAGUGGGGCACGGCAAUCCCAGACGAUCCCGUGAUGGAAUCCAACACCAAGGGGAUGGUCUCGUUUGCCACUUCAGGACCGGGGACCCGCACAACACAGAUAUUCGUCAACACAGCAGACAACAGCUUUUUGGACACGCAAGGGUUUUCUCCCUUUGCCCGGGUUGUCCAGGGGAUGGAAGAAGUAUUUUUGGGGAACAAUAUGUAUGUCGCGGACCCAGUUCCCAACCAAUUUACCUAUGAGUCCGAGGGAAACGCAUGGAUUUUGGAAGACUAUCCGGCCAUUGACAUCGUCAAGGGCUUGCCGCAAGGAGACAGCGUAACAAAUACAACUACGGAAGUCAUGUUGACUUUGGAGGAGAAGCCUGACGAGGAACAAGAAGAACUUGAAGAAAAUCCUUUUGAAAGCGAUAGCAGCAGCGGCAGCAGCAGCAGUGAUAUCAGUAGUGAUGCCAGCAGUAGUGCCAGCCCAUCAUUGUGGACUAAAAUAUGGAGCACAACAACUAUUUUUGCAUCAACUUCAAUCAUCGUAGUCGGAUGGUAAUGUAAUCAACAUGCAAUUUUCCAAAACGGAUGAGUUUGAUGACUGCCUAUUUCAAUGAAAUAUUUGUCGUCUUCUUCAAUGUCGUGACAAUGACGCAUGUGCAUGCCACUUGAAUAGUAAUGGUCAUGCAUUGGAUUCAUUCUCAGUACCCCCUUUGACAUCUCUCAGUAAAUCAUAACCACAACA